CUGCGGCCCUUGCAGAGCAAGGGGAACUACUACUUCAAGGUCUCAGAGCAAGUGACGUAACCGAUUGAAACGCUAUUUAGCGCAUACCGCUAACUAAGCUAGCCGUUUCACAUCCGUUACACAUAUACUGUAGUUCUUACCCAACCACUCCCACCAGGGAGCACCACAUCUGGUCCACAGGGAGCCAUUCUCUGCCUGCAGCUGUCCCAAACUGGAGCUGAGGUGAACAGGGUUGGAGCGGUGUCACCCAGGGCUGGAGCCUGGACCAGAGCCCCUGGUUGGCACACAUAGCAUGCUACACCUGACCUCACCUGGUCUCAUCGCCUAGCAUUACCUGUGGAUUGUCCUGGGCUUCCCUGACUACGGGGAGGAGGAAGAGGAAGUCACUGCCUUACAGAAGAAGAACAACAGAGACAUUCAGAGUCAGCUACAGGAGACAGAGAACUUCCUGUUGAAUUGACCCUAGGGCCCAGGCUGGUCCUGCUCCCUGAUUGGAGGAUGGGAACGGCAGAGGUCAUGACAGAGGUCACGGCACGCAUGGACAGCAUGGAGGUCAAGGAUGAGUGGCAGGACGAAGACUUCCCCAGGCCUCUACCAGAAGAUGGAGACAUGGAGGACAGGGGGCUCACUGACAACACGACAACUCCCCCUAACACCCUGAAUGUUGCUGUUUGGGGUGAGUCGUCGGCCCUGCAUAAGCGCCGUACGCUGGUAGCUCCAGACAUGAACAUGUCAUUGGACCAGAGCGAAGGUUCCGUCCUGUCAGAUGACUUCUUAGGUAACCCUGACGACCUGGAUGUCAACGUGGACGACAUGGACACGCCCGACGACAACGACUCCUUGGAGUUUAUCACCAACGGCAACGACCUGGAGUGGGAAGACGACACUCCUAUAGUGAGUUCCAAGGGUCUGCCUGGAGGCCAGACAGAGGAGGAGGAGGAGGCAGGCAGACUGUGGAGGACAGUGAUCAUAGGAGAUCAGGAACAGAGGAUAGACAUGGCUGUCAUCAGACCAUACCUGAGGGUGGUCACACAUGGAGGUUACUACGGUGAGGGUCUGAAUGCCAUCAUAGUGUUUGCGGCGUGUUACCUGCCAGAGAGCAGCUGUGAGGACUACACUUACAUCAUGGAGAACCUCUUCCUCUAUGUGAUCAGUAGCCUGGAGUUGUUAGUGGCUGAGGACUACAUGAUUAUCUAUCUGAACGGAGCUACGCCUCGCAGGAGGAUGCCUGGUAUCAGCUGGCUAAAGAGGUGCUACCACACCAUCAACAGGAGGUUGAAGAAGAAUCUGAAGUGGCUGGUCAUUGCUCACCCAUCCUGGUUCAUCCGUACAAUCCUGGCCAUCUCCAGACCCUUCAUCAGUGUGAAGUUCCUGGAUAAGAUCCGCUAUGUUCACACAUUGGAUGAGUUGAGCCAGCUGAUUCCUAUGGACCACAUACAGAUCCCAGAAUGUGUCCUGCAGUAA